UAAAAAAAAAAAAAAAAAAAUCAACCCAACCAAGUUGUGCCCCAAAAGGGAGCCUGUUGGGUCACCCAGGUGGACAGGUACAGAGAGUCCUUGGUCACUUCCUGGCCUAACCAUCUCUACCUCCUGCCCAUCUAUAUCCAUCAAGAGGCCUGGGACUGUACGGAGCAGGGAAUGUGCCAGAGGAGGAUACCCAGGUCUGAGGACCCACUCUUCCUCGCCUACUAGCCAGAUCCGGCACGGAGGAGGGGGCGCACAAAGACCUGCAGCGGGACGCCUCCCUUUGCGGCCUUCGAUGCACAGAAGGUGCUACUGAGGAAGUAAACCAGCGAGAGCCCGAAAACCAGGGCGAGCACCCAGCGCUUGCGCAGGAGCCGGCGCCACAGCAGCGCCGCAAGGUUCAGCAUCCCGGCAGGGCGCAGGCGCAGAGACGACCCCGCGGCAUGACCCCCAGUAUGCUCCCAGCACUGCUUUACCUUCCCGCAGCAAGCGCGCCGGCCACGUGAUCUGCCACACGCCCCGCCCUGCCCAGUGACGCCACCGCCAGGCCCCUCCAUACCUCCUCGCCAUUGGUUCUGCCGGAGAGACGGCCUUUCAUUGGCUGAAUACGAAGGUAGAGGCGGGCCGUCUCUUACCAGAGGGCAGGCCUCGUUGUGCCUGGGUCCUAGCGCCGACGUUAUUCUUUGCGCCUGAGCCGGCCGGAAGUCACGUGCCGCCCUGGCCACGCCAGUGAUUGGCUGGGCUGGAUUAGCAGAGGCCGUGAUUGCCGAAGUGUCUGGCAGGUCUGCUGUCUCCGAUGAGUCUCCUGCUCUGCGCUUCCCUCUGAAGAAGAAGAGGAGGAGAAGGCCUGCUCUCUCUGGGACCCAGUGGCCACAUCCCAUCAGGAACCCUGAGUGUCCACAGCACGGUUCGUCAACAUGGAGUUCUGAGGUCCAUGUGGCUCCUUGCUGCACACCAGGUGCUAAGGAAAAUGCAGAGACGCCACAGUAGUAACACGGACAACAUUCCACCUGAAAGAAGUCGCAGCCAGGCACUCAGCUCUGAGGCCAGCGUGGAUGAGGGUGGUGUAUUUGAGAGCCUGAAGGCAGAAACGGCCUCCCCUCCUGCACUCUUCUCAGGCCUGGCAGGUGGCCUGCCUGCUGGCCCCUUCCCAGCAGGCCUGGUGCUGGGCUCCACAGCGGGUGGCGGGGAUGUCUUCAUCCCCAUGCCAGCCACCAGGGAUGAGGCCGGUGGCCGCAGCGCCGAAGGAAGCACCUACCACCACCGCCAGGCCCACCACCAUUUCCACCAUGGUGCCCACCGCGGGGGCUCCCUGCUGCAGCACGUGGGUGGGGACCACCGUGGGCACGCAGAGGAAGGGGUGGACGAGCAGCCGGGAACUCCAGCACCGGCACUGUCUGAGCUGAAGGCUGUGGUCUGCUGGCUUCAGAAAGGACUGCCCUUUAUCCUCAUCCUGCUGGCCAAACUGUGCUUCCAACACAAGCUGGGCAUUGCUGUGUGCAUCGGGAUGGCCAGCACCUUUGCCUACGCCAACUCCACCCUCCGGGAGCAGGUGUCCUUGAAGGAGAAGAGGUCGGUCCUGGUCAUCUUGUGGAUUCUGGCCUUCUUGGCAGGGAAUACACUGUACGUCCUUUACACCUUCAGCUCCCAGCAGCUCUACAGCAGCCUCAUAUUCCUGAAGCCCAACCUGGAGACCCUGGACUUCUUUGACCUGCUGUGGAUCGUGGGGAUCGCCGACUUUGUGCUGAAGUACAUCACCAUCGCUCUCAAGUGCCUCAUCGUGGCCCUGCCCAAGAUCAUACUGGCUGUCAAGUCCAAGGGAAAGUUUUAUCUGGUCAUCGAGGAGCUGAGCCAGCUGUUCAGGUCGCUUGUUCCCAUCCAGCUGUGGUACAAGUACAUUAUGGGGGAUGACUCCUCCAACAGCUACUUCCUGGGAGGAAUCCUGAUCAUUCUCUAUAGUCUCUGCAAGUCGUUCGACAUCUGUGGUCGCGUGGGCGGACUCAGGAAAGCACUGAAACUCCUUUGCACCUCCCAGAAUUACGGGGUCCGAGCCACAGGGCAGCAGUGUACAGAGGCUGGCGCUGUCUGUGCCAUCUGCCAAGCUGAGUUCCGAGACCCCAUGAUUCUCCUGUGCCAGCACGUGUUCUGUGAGGAGUGCCUCUGCCUGUGGCUGGACAGGGAGCGCACCUGCCCGCUCUGCCGCUCGGUUGCCGUGGAUACUCUGCGAUGCUGGAAGGAUGGGGCCACGUCUGCACACUUGCAGGUGUACUAACUAAACACAAGUGUCUGGGGAGCCCAGCCCUAAGGAUACCUGGAGACAGCCUCCAGGACUUUCUCCUGCCUUCCACCACCUCGACCUGACACCCCAGGCUCUCCUCACCUCCCUGGUACAGUGUGUGCAUCCUUCCCCACCAGAAAGGGAAGCCCUCCUCAUGCAGACUUGGCUUCCCCACAGGUAGGUGGUCCAUCCCCUCUAAGUGAAGGAAUUGCCCAUAUACAAUCUCUCCUCGUGUAACCUGCUUCCAGCUACUGGAACUCAAUGCUACAGACUGGAAUGAGCUGAGAGAGUGCAGUCUGACCCAGGCCUGCACACAGAGCCACUAGGAGAAUGUCCAACAUGUGAACACCAGGCUUCACUCACCUAGCUGAACUUAAAAACAGCAGGGAGCACCAAGCAUCCUGCUCAAGCCCUCUCCUGGCAUCUCCACAUCAGACUGGGAUGGGGGUAUUCUCUCUCACACUCUUUGGUUGGUGAGAAGCUUAGUGUGGCUACCCAGCCAGUAAGGGCCGAUGUGUCUCCAGCGCUGCCUGGUGCUGUAAGUGCAGAUGCCAUUUUCAGGCCCCUCGCUGGCUGAGCAUCUGUGGCCUGGGCAUACAGCACAUCAGAGACAGACUGCUCUGAGCAUGCAGGCAGCGAGGCCAAAUGGCAGGAGCCAUGGAAAGACCGCACCUUUGUGACCCCUUUUCUCCCGGGACAGUCAGUCUCAGAAGGGUCAGCUCAGGUCCAGAAGUACAUGCCACCUGCCUUCUGUGAUUCGUCUGUCCAUAUUCUCUUCUGCGUUGUCCCUCGCUGACAGCUCAGGCCUGUGCAGAGCUCUAGUGGACAUGGCUGCCUCCCCUUGGGAGACUUCAAUCCCUGUCAUAAGUGGCGCGUGGCUCCGGAGCGAUCCAUUUCCCCCACCUCUCUCUCUAGUGAGGUAAUUAGCUUGGAGAGACAAUAGUCCUUCCAGAGUCUCUGGAAAGACUGCUUUACAUCUUUAACUAAACGCCUGAACGGGACCUCAGGGAACGCUGGGAGCAGCUCGCAGGUGCAGGUGCGUUGCGCUUCACAUCCUUUGGUCUCUAGGGGCUACUCCCCCUGGAAAACUCUGAUUGGAAACCUGGGACGAAAUAGCACAGGUGAGCACAGAA